GUCGUACAGCGGGCGGUUUAUGUACUCGCCGAGUUAGCCCGAGCCCUAGCCUGCUAUCCCGACGCCCCAUCGGACAGUCAUUCUUCCCUCGCGGCCGCGAUCACCCACGGCGCUCCACCGCAACUUCUCCUUGCUCCCCAUCAUCGGCUUACCAUUCACGACGCACCGUUGGUUUACCCAGCAUCGCCGCGACCUCAUCGACGCUUCGACUUUGGGGACGUUGCCAUCUUUACCGAUCUUUUAACCUCCUCCUACCAACCAUCUAACCGCGUUGCCAGUGUGUUGGCUACGAGCACUCAAAGGGAUAGCAUACUUGUAGCAGGCUAAUAAGUUCAUAAAUGGGGAAGAGGAAACGGGAUGAGAACUCUGGUCAGAAGAAUGCAGGUGGUGUGCACUGUCCCUCCACUAUCUUUGUUUCCAACCUCCCCUACUCAUUUAAGUCCUCAGAGCUAGAGGCAUUGUUCAGCGAAGUUGGACCUGUGAGGCGCUGCUUUAUGGUCACUUCGAAGGGAUCAGAAGUGAGCCGGGGUUUUGGCUUUGUCCAAUUUGCCACUGUUGAAGAUGCUGAGCGUUCAAUUCAACUUAAAAAUAGAUUGGCUGUAGAUGGUAGAAAAAUAAGUGUCAAACUUGCAAAGCAUCGCCUUCCUCUUGAGGAACGCCAGCUAAAGGCAAAGAAUGUGCAUUCAGAUGAUAUAGAUACCAAACAUAAUGAGAUUCUUCAUUCAACAAGUGUGACUGAGCAUAAAGGAUGUUUACGGGCACAAGACACAGGAAGUUAUACAACAAAACCACCAAGAAGCAUUGUAGAUGAUGGCAAAGGAAUUUUGUUAGCAAGCAAGGACCCAGCUGUUGAAUUUCCAGGCUCAGAAAAGCAGAGGGUUGCUAGAACAGUAAUAUUUGGUAAUCUAGUUAACUCUGAGAUGGCAGCCGAUGUCUUUCAGCAGGCUGGAGAAGUCGGCACCAUAUGCUCAAUUAGUUAUCCUCUUCCAAAAGAAGAACUAAAACUACAUGGGCUUGCUCGAGAUGGUUGUAAGUCAGAAGCUGCAGCAGUACUUUAUACGACUGUCAAAUCCGCACGUUUUUCUGUUACAAAGUUACAUCAACAAGAGAUAAAUGGUGCAUGUGUUUGGGCUCGCCAAUUGGGUGGGGAGGGUUCAAAAGCUAGAAAGUGGAGAGUAAUUGUUAGGAAUUUGCCAUUUAAGGCUACAGUCAGUGAGAUAAGAGAAAUAUUUAGCUCAGCAGGGUUUGUGUGGGAUGUGUUGAUCCCACAUAAGUCAGAUGAAGGAGUUUCAAAAGGUUUUGCUUUUGUUUCUUUCACAUGCAAACAAGAUGCAGAAAAUGCCAUUAAAAAUAUUAAUGGGCGAGUAAUUGCAAAACGAACUGUUGCUGUUGAUUGGGCAGUUUCAAAAAGAGUAUAUUCAGUUGCAUCUGCUGCUGCUUCAGGGGAAGGAUUCCAGGAUGACAGUGACAAUGAGAGUAAAUCUGAAAGUGAUAGUGAAGUUGAUAGAGAUAAUGUGAGUACAGUUGACAUGAGUACAGAUGAAGUCAAUCUUGAUGGGCCUGUGAUUGAAAAGUUGACUGAGACUAAUGAGAAUGAAGUUAUCCCCAUUGAAGUUGAUUUCAGGUCAGAGGCAGAAGUUGCUAGAAAGAUCCUGGAUAACUUGAUCAGAUCAUCCACCAGCGUAUCUGAUGCAGCAACUCAUGGUUCAGAUUCCAGGACAGCUGAAAGUAUUACCGAGUCUUGGACCUCACAUCAUGUUGGACAUGUGGAACCUCCCUUGCCUAUAAAGAAAGAUGGAAUAGUUGGAAACAAAGUUGGCAAAGGAUCAGAAGCUGAAGUUCAAGAACUUGGGAAAAGAGACAAGGAUUUAGAUAGAACAAUUUUUAUAAGCAACCUUCCCUUUGAAAUUGAUAGUGAGGAGGUGAAAGAGAGAUUCUCUUCCUUUGGGAAGGUGCAAUCAUUUUUUCCUGUCCUCCACAAACUUACCAAGCGACCCAGAGGAACUGCCUUUUUAAUAUUUGAUAGCCCAGCUGCGGCAGAUGCUGCGAUUUCUGCAGCAAAUGCUGCACUUGGUUUAGGCAUCAUUAUGAAGGGAAGACCACUUAAAGUUUUGAAAGCUUUAGACAAGGAAUCAGUUCACAAGAAAGAACUUCAAAAUUUGAAGAAUGAGGCCCAUGACAGACGUAAUUUAUAUCUAGCAAAGGAAGGUGAGAUUCUUGCUGGAACACCAGCUGCUGAAGGUGUAUCAGAAAGUGAUAUGAGAAAGCGUGAGAUGUUGAUAAAGAAGAAGGAAGAAAUGCUGCAAUCUCCAAAAUUCCAUGUAUCAAGAACUAGAUUAAUUAUCUACAAUUUGCCAAAGACUAUGACUACAGAAGAAGUGAAAAAACUGUGUGUAAAUGCUGUUGUUUCCCGUGCUUCCAAGCAGAAACCUGUCAUUCAAAAGGUAAAGCUUCUGAAGGAUGUGAAGAAAGGAAAAGUUGUUAUAAAGAAACAUUCACGUGGUGUAGGUUUUGUUGAUUUCAAAGAACAUCAGCAUGCACUUGUGGCCCUGAGGGUUCUGAAUAACAAUCCUGAAACUUUUGGUCCUGAUCAUCGCCCUAUUGUAGAGUUUGCUUUUGACAACAUUCAGAAACUACGACAACAGAAAGCUAAACUGGAUUCUAUAAAGGAGAACAAUGCUAAGUCAGAAGAUGGGAAAAGAAAUUUGCAACAAAGGUUUCCGACUCCAACCACAGAGACAGACAUAGAUAAAGCGGGUAAGAAGUUAAAAAAUGCAAAGCACCAGAGGAUGCAAAGGAUAUCAUCCCAAGUAUCUGAACCUAGUGAAGGGACGACAGUGGAGCGAGAGUCCCCUGAGGAGGACACUAAUCCAGAAGUCAAGGCUGGGAAAAGUAAGCAGAAUAAGCAACAGAAGAAGGCUUCAAAAGGUGGAAAGGCUGAUUCACCCUCUAAUUCUAAGCACAUGAAGUCAGAGUCACAAUCGAAUUUGAUGCAAGUAGGCACACAUGCUAAAGAAAAGCAACUAAAUAAGAAGAACCAGAUGGAAAAGCCUAUUGACAAGACAACAGUAACAAUUCCUCGGAAAAGGAAGAGAAACACCAAACCUGAUGGUGGUUCAGAACAACAUAAGCCAGCUAGAAAAGCAAAGAGUAGAACGGACUCGUCAGGGGAAGAAAUAGUCGAUAAAUUGGACAUACUAAUCGAGCAGUACCGUUCCAAAUUUUCACACCAUGAUUCAAGCAAAACGAAAGAUGCUACAAGUUCUGGUCAUAAAGUCAGAAGAUGGUUUGAGUCAGGUUCUUAAUGUCAGCUCGAUCAAGUUUUUCUUAUCUCGCAAUAUAAAGCUUUGUGUUGGCUUAUCCCAAGGUUGAGAUGGAUGCGUCCCCGCACUCAAACUUUUGUGUAGGACCAAAUGCAACCAAGUGGUCGUGUUUUAAUUUGGAUUUUUUGAUAUUGGGGUUGGAAGCUCUACACUGAAUUUUUUUGAGAAUUUACUUGCCAUGUGUUGUAUCGCUCUCCGAAGAGGGGUCUUGUCAUGCCUGAGAAUGUUGCGGUUUCCUCUUGCUAUAUAUGAGGUGGGUCCCGCUAAACGCAGCAAUGAGAACGAAACCUACUUUGUUCGGUGUCUCGGCGGAGGCAAUGUAUCAUAGUUUUCUAGAUGACGCCUUGUCUGACGUCAUCCGCGAUCCAGUUCGGGUGGGGCCUUCAGUCGGGGACCGUAAAUAUCUCUUAUCGAGUGGGGCCGGCGGUCGUCGUAACCACCCGAUCUCUUCAGGGGCCGUUCGCGAGGCCUCGGCGGUUCUAGUCGCGCGUUCUGACGUGGUGACGUGCCCACCUGGUCCUUCCCUUCGCCCCGGAUACAUUGAACCGGGACAUGUUUUCCGUUCCCAUCCCCUUGCCCAUAUAGUCGGAGCCUCUUCCGCCCUCCAUCGCCCAACGAAAUCGGUCCUCAUUUCGAUCGACCACCAAAUUGGGAUUCCCAAUCGUCGUCCCAUCUCCUUCUGUCAUCACAGGUAAGAGAACCCGGCGGGAUGGCUCCUGCAAUGGCGGUACACACCGAAAGCGCCGGAAGGCAAGGCCUAGAUCUGGGGAAGGCGGCGCCUGCGUCGGAGGUGGAGGAGCUGAAGCGGCGGAACUCGAAGCUGGAGCAGGAGGUGAGAGAGCGAAGGGCGAGGGAGGAGGAGGCGCGGGCGGAGUUGGAGCAGACGAGGGCGCGGCUGAGGGUGGCGGAGGAGGCAGAGGAGAGCCUGUGCGCGCAGUUGGGAGAGCUGGAGGCCGAGGCCGUCGCCCACGCCCGUGCCUGCUACCUCCGCAUCAAGGAGCUCUCCGACCAGCUCGAGCUCGCACGCCGCGCCAUCCUCACCCGAUCCUCUUCCUCUCUUUCCUCGUUCUCCGAUGGAUCGUGAUGCCGCUGUUUUGAUGAGGAAAGGAGAACCCAAUAGAUUGUUCUAUUUGUCA